AUGUCUGCCAGCCAGGUCUUAAAUGAUUUACGGCUCUCUGUAGACAGUGACCGCAGUCAAAAUGAUUCACCGCCUGUGCACAUCAAUGGCGCUAAUGGUAGCGCUCCCCACGACAGCGAGGAUGGAGAUAUGGUUUCGCGGCUGCAAAGAGAAUUGGAACGAACCAGAGAAGAAAAGGAACAUUUGGCGACACAAUACCGCAAUCUGCUCGCAAAGCUCACUCAGAUGAGGACAACUCUAGGGAACAAACUGGGGCAGGAUGCCGAAGAACUGGACCGAAGAGAACAACUAGUGCAACAAUUGACCGCACAGAACGACGACCUGAACUCGACAGUGGAAACACUCAAAGAGGAGCUGAUAACUUCGCAUGAAGAGACGGAACGCACUUCAAACGAGCUCGACAAUCUACGUAAUCGCGCGUUUCAAGAGAACGCCCAAGAAAGUCUGUUGCGGGAGCGUGAGUUAAGGGAGACUCAAACUGAGUUGGAGAGGUGUAGAAUCGAGCGAGAUGAAUGGGAAAGGGUUGCUUUGCAGGACAAAGCUAUGUCUGAUGAAUACAAGACUGUCACGGAAACAUUGAGGCGGGAAUUGGAAUUGGAACGAGAGGCUCGAGGGCGGGAGGCGCAGGAGCUGGAGACAGAAAGGGAGAAGUCCGAAAAUCUGCAAUCCGUGCUGCAAGAUUUCCAGGCAGCGAAGGAGCAUGAACUUCGACAAGCCGUUAAGGACUAUGACUCCCAGCUAAUACAAGUGACUCAAUCGUUAGCGGAAUAUAAGCAUCGUGCCUUGACUGCUGAGCUCGCCCUGGAAGAAACUCGGACGAACACUACUCGGACUCACGAACUUGAGAAAGAGGUGAAGGAAAAAACAUUGCUCAUCGGAAAACUCCGUCAUGAAGCUGUUAUAAUCAAUGAACACCUCAUGGAAGCUCUACGGCGAUUGCGGCGUAGUUCCUCCGACAACAAUGUCGACCGACGAUUGGUCACCAACGUCCUUCUAUCGUUCCUGACCACCCCGCGAGCUGAUCCCAAACGAUUCGAGAUGCUUUCGUUAAUGGCUACUAUUCUGUCGUGGACCGACCCAGAGCGCGAGAAGGCUGGACUUCAACGUACAUCAGCUUCCACUCCGCCAUCAUCAUCAGCAUCAUCUUUCUGGACUCGGUCAAGCUCUGGCUCCUUGUCCAAAAAUUCUGAACUGCAAAAGACCGACGAGACGGAGUCUUUCUCCCGUCUUUGGGUUGAAUUCCUCCUCACGGAAGCUGCAGCUGGUGAAUCAGAUUCCAACGCUUCAGGCUCCAAAAAACAGAACAACUCGCUUCCCGAAAGCCCUACUCGUCUUUCUUAUUCUCCGCCGAGUCCCACAUUCAAAGGCACGAGAAGACUAUCCUCCUUCACUUCUGCCGCCAUGGCGAGCUCGCCCAACCUUCUAUCCCCUCCGCCACGUAAAGGUAAAGAAAAAGCCACUGAUCCGGAACCAUAA